UUCAAUGUGGGAAUAUCAGGGAGAGAUUUGCUCGUUUGGCGACAUCGUCAAACGAGCGGAUCUCUGCAUCUAUGGCCUCCUUUAGACUGAUGAAUAUAAAACUCCAGGGAAAGAUGUGUGUUGUUGCAGCAAGCAUGGCUGUAUUUGUGUACUGGCUUAGGAAAAGAUGGAUUAUGUAUCCCUGGAGUGAAUGGAAGAGAGCAGGGUGGGCCUUUCAUUUCUUACUCCACUUAGUGUUUUGCAGCUGCCUAAGUUAGAGGUAAGUGUCUAAUUGAGCAGUAGUUAAAAUGAGGUGUGGGACUAUACAUCAGUGCUUGCCCCUUGAGACCUCCUUGAGUGGAGGAGGGUGAGUGGCCAGUGGAAACCUCCAUGCACAAGAAGGAGGUGUGAUUGUAUAUGUAGCCGGGAAAGAGAAAAUGUGGUUCCCUGCUGAGCCAAGUGUUUGAAGAGAUCUCCAAAGGACUGGAGAGAGGAAGAGAGAAACCCCUCCCAAGAGACGAGAGAGGAUACUGUUACUUGUGUACGGUGAAAACUGCAUGAAAAUAAUUUAUGGAUGAAGAUCCCCUUCAAAGGCAAUGGCACGUGCUACGAGCUUGGGUAUGUUGACUUCUGGGCCCUUUUAAGAUACAAAGAAAAUUGUGUUCUGUCAGAUUCAGUUCCGGUGAACCAGAGAAACAGGAUCAAUUGCCGAAUUCUGCCAGUCAUCAUCACAGCCAUAAAAAACUGGACUCAAAGGAAUUCCAAUGCAAACCUUCCCUAAAGGAAAUGAAACAUUUAGACAAGCCUCAACCAAGAGUACAGAUUCAAGAAAAGGAGAUGCUACAUGAUGAUUUUCAUGAUGAAAAAAGACCACAAAAAGACCUAAGCUUAAAGUAUGAAUUCCAUGAUUUCCCCAAUAUGAGAGAUUGUGAUACAAACCAAGCUGGUUAUUUAAAUGGGUUGCACAAAUCACCCUGGAUUCCUACAGCCAAAUCAAACAAUGCCAGUGCAAAAUCACAUCUGCAUGAAAGUGAGUCUUUAGAGAAACUCUUUAUGGACUUUACAUCCUUGAGAAUCAUCAGGGAAGAUGAAGACAGCGCAAGCGACCUCUCUGAUUCUGAAAGGAUUCCCAUGCCACCAUCACCAUUUACACCUCCAGGACCAAUCUUCAGAGCAGAAGAGAUCCUGGAGCCUGGAUGUUUCAGCGACAUAAACCCAGAUUGCAAUAAGUUCCAGUACCCAAACUUCCUCCCUCCACCUUUCAACUCAUGGAACUUACCAAAGCUUGCAACUCUCAUUAACACUGAGGAGAAAAAUUCACUGAGAACAACACCAUCGGGAUCCCUAGAGAAAUAUGUGGACAGGCUUCUCCAGUUAGAAUGGCUUCAAAUGCAAACAGUAGAGGCUGAGAAGUCAAAAGCUGCUAAAGCAAGGCUUGGUAUCCCUCACAAUGGGAAAACGCAAAAGAGUAAAUCACAGCAAACGUCAAUAUCCGGCAAACAGAUAAAUAUUUCUAAAGGAAAUCAUGGUCAAGAAAACCACCCCCACAGAAAAACUUUUCAUACUGAGGAACGUGCUUUAAAACAUUCAAGAAAACUAAGUACAAAGGUUUCCGAUGAAACUGCAGGUUGUUUUUCUGCUCAGAAGCAGACACUGGAAGGAAAAUGUGUCACUAAAAGAAGGACAGCCGCCAACUACUCACAAACUAUCAACAUAAAGUCAUCUGAUUGUAACCCAAAAACUCAGAGUAUUGCAAACAUCAGACCCCCAAAGCAAAUCUUGCUCAUCCAUGGCCAACAAGGAACAGAAAAACCUAAAAACUCCACUAUUCACAGCAGUCAAAAAAUGAAUGGGACCUUAGCUAAUAACCCAAUGGCUAUCAAACAGCCGUCUGCUGAGCCGAAAUUACAUUCUGCAAAAGUAUCUCCCUGGAAAGUUAAAUAAAUGUCAUGUCCAACCUUGCAUAGAACUUGUGUAAGAUGCCAAAUAUAUUCUUACAUAUAAACUACUCAAAGUCUAUUUGUCAGCAAAUU